CUUCUUUUAUAGCCUUUGUUCUCUCAGUUUUCUCUCUCUCCUGUCUCUUUGUUUCUCUCUCUCACGCAGUAUUGGAAUCAGCUCAUGAGCUAAGAAGAAGAAAAACAAAAAAAGUGCGUAGAAGAACUAAAUUCCUUUCCUGAUAUCAAGAAGGAGGUCAAGGAAAACGUGUUUUAAAAACUAGAGUGAUCUCUACACUCUGAAGAAGUGGAAGAAACCAGAGGGAAAAUCGAGUUUUGGGAUGGGAAUGAGAGCAAAAACAAAGAGAUGACAUGGUGCAAUGAUUCAGACGAUGAUAGGGCUUUUCAGAUAAUCACGGCAACUUCUAAAGAAAAUACAAAUGUUCUCGACCCACCCAAAACCGAUGAUAUCAGAAAUACCAUAACAUGCCCAUCAUGUGGCCAGGAGAUAGAGUUCCAAGAUCAGGCCGGAAUUCAUGAUUUGCCGGGGCUACCAGCAGGGGUGAAGUUUGAUCCGACAGACCAUGAGAUUCUUGAACAUUUAGAGGCAAAGAUUCUGUCUGAUACGCGGAAGCUUCAUCCUCUUAUUGAUGAAUUCAUCCCAACACUUGAGGGAGAGAAUGGAAUUUGCUAUACUCAUCCAGAAAAACUACCAGGAGUAAGCAAAGACGGCCAAAUCCGGCACUUCUUCCAUCGACCUUCAAAGGCAUACACGACUGGGACUAGGAAACGAAGGAAGGUCCACACUGAUGAAGAUGGGAGCGAGACGAGAUGGCACAAAACAGGCAAGACAAGGCCAGUCUUUGUUGGUGGGGCAGUGAAGGGGUACAAAAAGAUCUUGGUUCUCUACACCAACUAUGGCAGGCAGAGAAAGCCUGAGAAAACAAACUGGGUGAUGCACCAAUACCAUCUUGGGAACAAUGAAGAAGAGAAAGAUGGAGAAUUAGUGGCUUCAAAGGUUUUCUACCAGACACAACCUAGACAAUGUGGUUCAAGUAUUAAGGAUUCAUUGACUAACCAAAGCGUGCAUGAUAGUCCUAAUGAGAUUCCUAUACCUAAAAACCCUACAGCUCUUUUGGAGUAUUACAACACUCCUUUUAUUAACUAUGACCAGGGGGGCCAUAAUAGGGAAAGCCCACCACAACUAAUUCCAAAUUUGGUUGUCCAAGGUGAUGCGUCUUCGUUUGUUCGAUUAGCUGCAGAUGCAAGCAAAGGAAAGUAUGAGAGAAAAUAGCGAUGGAAGAACUUUUGGUAGGGCUACAAGAUGACAACUACCCCUUUUUGGUUUGGUUGUCAUGUUCUUGCUGUUGUGUAAUAGUCAAGUAAUUUAAGUUAUUAGAUUGAGAUUUUAAUGAGAGAAGAAAGAGCAAAGGGGAAUAAGAUAUAUGGUUUCCGAAUCAGGUACAGAAGAUUUGGCCAUACUUAACACUUUAUCUUGAAGUUUUUGUGCAGACAAAGAAUAUGUUGGGAGUGACGUCAUCUUUUAGCACUGUACAGAGAUGAUUCCAACAGACAUCCAUAUAUGUUAGUGUGAUAGGUUUUAGUUUCAUCAUUAUAUUCAUCUAUACUUUCCUCCUUUCAGAAACUUUUGACUGAAUCUAUGCCCCCUCUUAUUCUACCCAGGGGAAUGGGAUUAUACAAGUGUUUCAUUUUUUAUUUUUAAAUGAUUGACAUUUUCCUUGCUGAUUUUCUAUGAA